AUGGGGUCAUUCUCAUCACCAUGCACCCUAGUGUUUCAGGUGAAACGAUUGGAGCCAGAACUUGUAACACCAGCAAAGCCAACUCCUCAUGAACAAAAGGUUCUCUCAGAAAUAGAUAACCAAGAAGGCCUUAGGUUUCAGACUCCCUUCAUAUUGUCUUACAAUAACAACCCUUCAUUGAAACAAAACGACCCCGUUAAGGUGAUCAGGGAAGCUCUAGGUAGAGCAUUAGUACAUUACUACCCUUUAGCUGGUAGAGUGAGGAAAGGGCUCUAUGGGAAGCUUAUGGUGGACUGCAAUGGAGAAGGUGUCUUGUUCAUAGAGGCCGAUGCUGACAUCACGCUUGAGGAACUCGGGGAUACACUUGAACCCCCAUGUCCAUUCUUGGAGGACUUCCUGUAUAAUGUCCCAGGCUCCGACGAUAUUAUUGGUACCCCUUUGUUGCUAAUUCAGGUGACCCGUUUGAAAUGUGGAGGUUUCAUAUUUGCAUUACGUCUAAACCACACAUUGUGUGACGCAGUAGGGUUGGGCCAGUUCUUGAACGCAGUUGGGGAGAUAGCUCGAGGAGCAAAUGCGCCAUCAAUUCCACCAGUAUGGGAACGAGAGCUCUUGAAUGCCCGAGAUUCACCCAGAGUUACAUACACGCAUCACGAAUACGGGGACCAAAAUAUUUCUCAAGGCUCUGUCAUUGCCUGUAAAGAUCAGCAAGACCUGGUCCAGAAAUGUUUGUAUUUUGGUCCUGAGGAGAUAAGGGCUGCUAGGAAACAUCUUCCACCACACCUCACUUGCUCCACAUUUGAGCUGAUAACAGCUUGUACGUGGAAGUGCCGCACAAUUGCACUCGCAAUGGAUCCAGACGAGGUUGUUCGUCUUUCAUUGGUCGUCAAUGCACGUGGAAAGCGCGACAAUGUAGUUCUUCCUUUGGGAUUUUAUGGCAAUGGAAUUGGAUUCCCAGGUGUGGUUUCGACGGCUGAGCUUUUAUGUCAAAAUCCAUUGGGUUACGCGGUGGACUUGGUGAAGGAGGCCAAGUAUAAAAUGAACCAAGAUUACAUAAAAUCAGUCGCGGAUCUUUUAGUGUUGCGGGGAUGGCCGCCGCUUACAUUGGCAGGGAAUAACUUCAUACUUUCGGACAACACACGUACCGGUGUGGGAGAGGUUGAUUUCGGAUGGGGGAAGCCGAUAAUUGCUGGACCUGCCAAGUCCGUGAAUUUGAUUAGCUUCUAUGUUCGAGACAGCAACCAAAAAGAGAAAUAUAGGAUUCUGGUACCAGUGUGCUUACCAUUCCGGUCUGUGGAGAGGUUUGAGCAGGAGUUCAAAAGGCUGACUUUGGAGCCUGAGGAGGAGGGAUGAUGGUGCGUUUCGGUUUCUUUUUCUUGGUUUUAAUGGGG